CUAUCGUUACUUGCGAUUACUAGUCACCAGUCAUAUUCAUUUGCGCCUUGAAAGUAUACAGAAUUCUCAAUUUGUGGUCAUCUUCCCCUAGCUAUUAUCCGGCGACGGAUAACCGUAGUUGAGUCUAAUCCCAUCCUCAACCGGGCAAACAACAAAGGGGCCGUAGGAAACUCUUUUCUCUUCCCAAACAAUCUUCAACAAAUGUUUUUUAUCUUAGUUUUUUUCAGCUUUUUUUUCCUCCAUCGCCUGGUCCGCCAACCUGAUCUACCUGCUCCGCAAAGACCAGUCGCCAGUUGGCGCUCCGUUGGCGCUCCGUUGGUAGCCAGACCCACGUUCCGACGACGGCAGAUGGAUUGCAAACUAAGUCGACAAGAUACAAGGUCGAAAACAAAGGAGAAGGGACCGAACGAAAUAACGAAGAGGGGGUAUCCAUCGUGUCGAAUCGUCCAUGCAUUCUGUCCAUCCGAUAAUCCUGAGACCGCAUCCAUCCGAAGAUGCCUGCGGCAUGCUGUUGCCAGUCCAGUGCUGUAUUAAAAGAAAUUGAUAAAAAUCGAUUUGCCGGUUCCUCCACAGGAUCCGGCAAAGUCCCUAGAAACCACAAGCGAAGGUGCUAAUAUCAAAUAAGAACCCCCAUUAACCACAGGCACCUUGCCGGGUUGAACAUGUCCCACCCUCCAGGGACCUUCUGGCACAAAAAAAAAGCGACGAGGGGGGAGUUGAAAAAAGAAGCUCAAGAAC